AUGGCUCCCGGUCUUCACAACCUUAACAACAAGUCCGAGUUCAACACUGCCCUCGAGGCACCGGACACCCUUAUCGUCCUCGACUGCUUCGCCACCUGGUGCGGUCCUUGCAAGGUCAUUGCUCCCAAGGUCGUCAAGCUCUCCGAGGAGUUCCCCAACGUCAAGUUCUACAAGAUCGACGUCGACGAGGUCUCGGACGUUGCUGCCGAUCUCUCCAUCCGCGCCAUGCCCACCUUCAUCCUCUUCAAGAACGGCCAGCGCGUCGGCGAGGUCGUUGGUGCCAACGAGAAGGCCCUCCGUGCCGCCAUUGAGCAGAACGCUUAG